UGCGUGAUCAUUCGCACGUAAACACAUGCGUGCCCUGCGUUCAGCGCUCGUUUUAUUUCCACCGCCGGCGCGAUGCGGAGUUGAACAAAAUCAUCUAGCGACGGGAGCGGUGGAAAUGAGCAACGGAAUUGAUUGUGAUAGCAGCGAAAGUCGCUGUGUCAACAUGGUCGAUUGGCCCCAUCUGAGAAGAGUGAAUUCGGUGUUCCCUCCGUUUUCAGAAGACGAUGAAUUGGAUGGCAAUGAUGGUGAAAACGGCUGCCAUUCUAUUCUUCGCAAGCAUCACUCGCUUCCUGCACCGAGGAAAAAAUCCGUGCAGUUUGCGGAUGGCUGCGGGAAGCCGCUUGUUUCUGUUUACAGUGAUGAUGAAUAUAACAUACACGUGGCAUUACAAAUGACCAAAAGGGAGCUCCAGCGAGCGAAGAAGACAUUACAUGUAUGUUUCGCACAACCGGUUGCUUCGGAAGACUUCAGAGACAAACUAGAGAUUCAGACUGUGUGUCUGGAAAACGCUGUGGCUUCGCAAAACUCUAUCUGGGGAACGAUAAAGGUUAAAAACAUUUGCUUUCAUAAAAGCGUCUGUGUGAGGUACACAUUAGAUGCCUGGAUUUCAUCCACUGAUUUGCAAGCGGUUUAUGUGCCUGAAUCAAACGAUGGUGCAACGGACAGAUUUUCGUUUGCGCUAACACUUCCAGAAUAUUUUCUCGCUUCCGGAGGAGUACUGGAGUUUGCAGUUCGCUUUCGGGGUGAAGGUAUGGAGUUUUGGGACAAUAACAGCAGUCAGAACUAUCGCAUCGAGUGUCGAGAGGCUCCUGCUUCGAACGGUGGUUUCAAUCGAAUGGCAAACCUUUUUAACUGUACGCGGUAAACAGAUCGAAGCGAACAUCGGUAUUCUGUUCCAGGACAAAAGUGGAAAGGACAAUGGCACAUCCAUUGUGGGUCUGAAAGUAACACAUGCAUGGCCUUUUGUAGUAGGUUUUAUUUCUCCACUUCGCCAUCAACAGGAAAAAGAUAUAGAAAAAACCAAAGCCUUAACACCAGAAAGAACAGUGUAAAUUUUUGGGGUCCAAUCUUGAAACUGAAAGAUGUUGUGAUAAUGUGUUCUUAUGCAAACCCAUCAAGCGAGAUAAACAUGUCACAAGUCUCAUAUUGCGUGAGUUAGAGCUCGUCCCUGUGCUCUCUGUUGUGGGUUUAUUGUAAGAUCAUAAUAUCUGUUUUAAAACAUGACAUCUGCAAGUGGAUCGCAUAUUUUUUAACCUUUUAAGCUUUUAAAUUUCAUCUAUCAAAUGGCUGUGGAAUCAGCAUUCCAAGGAACAUUACCACUUGUUCGACUUGCCAUGUUUUAUAACUGGCUAUAAGAAACAUACAAAUAAUAAGGGUUAAGAGUUCUAAAAAGGUUAAUAGCAACAUUCAUUUUGAGGAUUAGCCACCACAGGACUGUAACAUUUAGGGUUUAUUCAAAAAAUAUGUUUUUAUUCCGCAUUUUUCAGCACUUCUGUGCAUCAUUGAGUGUUACAGAUGUAGAUAGAAAGAAAAUGCAUCUUAAUCUAUAUUAUGUAUGAUGAUCCUUGAGCAAAGUUUUAAUCAGCAAACUUGUCUACCCACAUGGCUAAAUUUCUCAACUUUGCUGAUAAAGCAACAAAAAAUUGCUGAUGAGUCAUUGAAAGUUUACAGAGAUGUUAUGGCAAGUUUGAUGACAAAUACACAUGUACUGUACAUGUGAAGCAUAAACCAAGUAAUGCCACAGAUACUGAGUGGUCUGCGUGUCAGUAUGAGGGCAUUACAGCAGGGUGACACAUGGUCAACAGCCCUUAUUUACUUUGUUACUGCACCUAUUGCACCGUUUUAACACGUACAUACCACAUUUUGACACACCAUAAUGAUGUUGUGAGUGACAGGUUCAACCAAAAUGCAUCUCCUCCUCUCUCCUAGUGCUGGCAAGUGUAUAACAUGAGCUUUUCUGAACAGUAACUUGUAGUUAACAAGUAUUAGUAGUACCUACUUACUGAUUAUUGUUUAAGGGCUCCUUAGAUCAGAUUUGCCUUGGAUGAGGAAAGUUGUUUUAGGGUUUAGCAUUGUGCUUACUGUAAAUACAGCGCUGCAUAGUAGGUAUUACAGUCAAAUUAAGAGUAAGUUUUAGCUUCAGCUUGGUUUGGAUUCUUUGCUUGACAUUUCAAAACAUCGCUUAAAAAAUGUAUGGCUGAUGAACUCACUCAACCACAACGUAAUUACCAUAAACCCUGGUGGAUAAGCCGUACUUGUAGACAAGCUGCACCCUGAGUUUGGGAACGCAAAUUUUGGAAAAAAGGAUUUUUAAAAGAUAUCAAAAUAAAUCAGAAGUGGAGUCUUAAGAAAGAUGUGUUACAUGUAUAAGCUUACAUAUUUCGUUGAUUCAUGGAAUGUAAACCCAUGUAAGCCACCAAACUUACAAUUUACACAAUGAUCAAUGCGUACUCUGGUAUAGUGUGAUGAAGUUCUUUUUAGUUUGCCAUACAGACUUAGUUUCAAUGGAAAGCAUUAAUUUAUGCAAAUUUAUGUCACGCUGUCCAGAUGUUCUCCCAGACAUUGGCCGCAUCCUAAAUUUGUUGAGAAAAUAUUGAGUAAUUAGGUGCAGCUUAUCUGCCGGCAUUUAUGGUACAUUGAAAAAGAACUGUUGGCUAGACAAGAGCAUAGUCGUUUGACUAGAUUUCAAACCAUGUCUCUAUUUUAAUCAUCAUGCACCAGAUUUACAUUGCUCUUGCAUGAAUUUUUUCUUUAUCAUUAAACAGACUGUUCUACACUGUCAAUGAUGGUUUAGAAACGGAGAAACUUGUCUUAGACCAUCAUUGUUUUGAUGGUUGAAUGAGAAGCAUUGAUACUUUGAACUUCUAAAAGUUAAAGCGAACAAUCUGAACCUAUUUGGAUUAAACACCUUAUUGGUAUUAUUUAAUUGAA